AUGCGAUCCUGGACGAGAGCAUGGUGUAUACAAAGAUUUCAUAGAAGAUAUGUUGCAUCGGCUAAUGAGACCGUGUCUUCGUUACUACCAAGUUUGAUGGCGAAAGUAUUUCCUCAUUGUAGAUCUUGUGGAAUCCAACUACAAAAUACUAAGCCCUCAGAACCAGGCUACUAUAUUCUUCCUGGAACUUUUACUAAACCUGUUUUAAAUAGACCGGAGGAUGCUGUAUAUGAAAAGUAUAUGAAUAAUUUGUCUCAAGAGGAUAAAGAACUUUUAGGGUUUCUGUCAGAUAUCAAACCAGUUGAAGAAGUGCCAAAGGCAAAAACUACUAGUACUCCUGCUACUUCUUCCAUUAAAGAUAAAGUUGAAUGUCUCCGAUGUCGUAAGGCAAAUUUUAAUAGUGAUUUCAAUUUGAAAGAACAUCCAAUCGAAUCUGUUACCCGAGUGUUGAGCACUAUACCUGUGAAUGGAACACUUGUGUAUGUAAUUAAUUGUGUUGACUUCCCUCUAGGAGUUAAUGAGGAAGUAUUCAAAUACAGGCCUCACAACAAGGUUCGGAUUAUCAUCAAUAAAGCUGAUUUGUUAUUCCAGUCUAAAGAAUUGGCCAAUAGGUAUGGGCAAACAUUUUUUUCCAACUACUUCAAAAGGAAGCACGGUAUUGACAAUCUUCUUGUAGUUAGUGGCAAAAAGGGAUGGAAUAUCAAGCAAUUAGGAGAAUUUCUUGACUUCAAUAGUUAUUUCAUUGGGAAUGUUAACAGUGGGAAAUCAACAAUAUUAAACGCAUUGUUGUAUUUAAAUGAAGAGAAAAAAGUUGCAAAAGAAUUACAGCUUUAUAAUAAGAGAGAAAAGCUUCAAAUUCAAAAGGAAGAUGGAGCAGGCUACUAUCGGCAAAUACGAGAAAAGAGGAAGCAGGCAGAGUUAUUCAAAUUAAAGAAUGGGAGUGGAACUUCUCACAUGCCUGGGUUUACAAGAGGUUUCAUAGAAUAUGAAUUUGAUAGUAAACCUGUUUAUGACGUUCCAGGAUUUUCAAAUGUGUCUGGAACAGGAAUAUACGAGCACAUGAUACCGACAGACUUAAAACGUCUCAGUAAAGGUGUUGAUAUUUUUAAGAGUGGAACGUACGAUGCACGGUAUUACUCCAUGAAGUCAAACCAAGUAUUGACAGUGGGUGGGCUCUUCUUUGUUAAAAUCCCCAAUGAUACUGUGAUUCGGUUUAAGAAUUGUAUAAACUUCCCCCACCACGUAUUCCGGGACAUGUCUAAGGCCAUGCAGGUUUAUAAACGACCAUCUCCGGAAUUGGAGAAUUAUUUUACGGUUUCAGGACUUAAGCUUAAAAAGUUGUAUGUCCCACCAUUUUUUGGUGAAAUUGAUUUGGUGUUGAAGGAUUUCGGUCACAUUACCUUGACCCCUACAGGAAGAAAAAGUAGUAAUCAUUUGAUCACCGUUUACAUUCCCGAAUGUAUAUCUGAACAGGAUAUAUGUAUUCGUGAACCAUUGGUGUCUUACACGAGGAAAACAUUAGCGGGACGAGACAAGAAUGGCUCACCACUCAAAAAGGAGAAAUGGAGUGAACGUAGUAUUGCAGAAUUGAAGACAUAUUCUCCUGAGAAGCCCUUUUCACUGAAGCUUAUUACGCCGCUCCCAAGACCAGCAGACGAAGACGAAUUUGCUGCCGUCACAGUUGAAACAGGGAUUGAUUACUCGCCUAAUAGCGAGGUAUCUUGGGGUAAUCGGUUCCAAUACUGGCUAGAGUGA